AUCUCUCUUCCCUCUUUCCCUUCCAUCGUCCGUCAGUUCCCGUGGUCGAUCUAAUUCUGUCCGAGCCAGUGGAGGUGGGGGGGGGACAAGCUGCUCUAUCUACAAUCCCAGCCCUAACCGGCAAAGGGCAAAGACACUGACCACCUCAACUUGGUCUGUGUCUGUCUCCCCAGCCUCAUCCACUGGGACGGAAGUCAGCUCUCUGGACCACCUUGCAAGCCAUUUGGACCCAUCAAGAGUUUUUGACCUCUGGAACAAGAAAGAAAAGUGCAGAUUUAAGAUCUGAGAAUGGAAAAAGAGGUGUAGUGUUACUUGUGGUGGCCAAAGAGUUCAGGUUUUCCACAUAUCCUCAGCACCAGCCAUUCACAUGACGUUGCUGGAUGGGAAUUAAACACUGGGAUUAAAACGUGUGGAGGAGUUGAGGAUCUACCACAAAUAUUUGAUUUCAUGGCAACAUAAUCAGCACAAAGGAUUAAUUGUUGGAACUGAACAUUUAUUUUGAAACUAUGACUGAAGCAGUGGAAGCGCGGUCGUCGACCACCACCACCAUGGUCAUCGAAAGUAAGAAUGGGGAUGCUGGGUCACCACCUUCCCGGGUGUCCAAGAAAAGUUUUAAAGAAGAUGUCUACUCUACGUUUAGCUCCCCGCUGGCCUGGAUCUUGGUUCUGGCACUCGUCAUUACAUGGUCUUGUGUUUUCGUUAUUAUGUUUGAUCUGAUGGACUACAAGACCAUUUCAGGUCGCCCUUCUCCUGGCAUCAGGAAGGUUUUAAAGGAUUCAGGGCGUAGAGGAGGCAUCAGUAGGAUCGGCUCAGACCCCAUGAAGGCCGUAAACGAUGCUGUGGAAGAAUCGUCAAACGUAAUCAGCAUGGUAUUCAGAUUUGCUGCCAACUUGAUUGCUCCUGAAGAAGAUGAAGGAAAUCUAUAUGCAGUGAGGAAAAAAGAUUCAAGAUGGUUGGAGGAGGAGGAGGAGGUGGAGGAAAAAGUGGAGGUCAAGAGUAAGAAAGCAAAAGGAGAAUUUCUACCGUCACGAAGUAAAGUCAUAGAGAUGCAAGCAAAGAAGAAAACACCAGUGGAGGAGGAGGAGGAGGAGGAGGCAGCAGAAGCUGAAGAGAAGGAGGAGGAAGAGGAGGAGGAGGAGGCAGCAGAAGCUGAAGAGAAGGAGGAGGAAGAGGAGGAGGAGGAGGAGGCAGCAGAAGCUGAAGAGAAGGAGGAGGAAGAGGAGAAGGAGGAGGAGGAAAAGGAAGAGGAGGCGGAGGAGGAAGAGGAAGAUGAAGGGGAGGAAGAGGAGGAGAAGGGAGUUGAAGCAGCUGCUGAUGAAGAGGAGGAUGUGGCUGAGGCAGAGGAGGACAAGGAGGUGGAGGUAGCUGCUGAGGCAGAGGAAGAUGACGAUGAGGAAGAUGAGAAAGAACCAGAAUCAGCUGCACCAGAGAUUGAUGAAGAUGACGAGGAUGAAGAUGAGUUGAAAGAGAAGGCAGCAGAAGUGGAGGUAGACGACGAUGAUGACGAUGAUGAGGACGAAGAAGAAGAGAAGGCAGAUGCUGCCGAUGAAGAUGACGAUGAAGAAGAGUCUGCUGAGGAACCUGCAGCUGCUGGUGCUGAGGAUGAUGAUGAGGAAGAGUCUCCUGAACCUAUCUCCACUUCUGAGGAUGAAGAGUCGGCUGUGUCUCCUGAUUCUGAGUCCGAUGUGCCUGUUGACCUCAAAGACAGCGAUGAAGACGUAACUUUACCUGAUGAAGAUGACGACAAAGAUGAAGAGGAAGAUGAUGAGGAUGAAACCAGUGACGAUGAGUUCACUGACACCUCAGACGUCAGUGAAGCUGCACUUCUGUCCAGUGAGGAGGAGGAGGAGGAAGCUGAUGAUGAUGAUGAUGAAGACGACAUAUUAGCUGAGGGUGUUGCCACAUCUGACAGUGAUGAUGUCAUUGCAGAGGACUCUGACGAUGACCUGGAUCUUGAUCUUCCUCCUAUCGCAGCACAGAGUGAUGAUGAGGAAGACGAUGAUCAAAAACUCGCAGAAGAGGAAGAUCUUGCUCCUCUGCCUGCUGUCAAAGAUGACGACGAUGAUGAUGAAGUCACUGAUGAGGAUGAUGAUGAUGAUGAUGAUGAUGAUGAUGAUGAGUUGGACCAAUCAGACGAGGACAUCUCUGUUGCAUCCUCUGAACACUUUGCAGAUGAUGAAGACGAUGACGAAGACCUCAAAGACGACGACUUUGACAGUGACCUCGACAAAGACAUUCUAGCUAAACUUGAGGAAGCUGAAGACGAUCAUGACAAACCUGAUGAUGUCAUUGAAGAGGACAUCCAUGAUGACGAUGACGAUGAAAAAGAGGAAGAGGAGGAUGCUCCUCCCUUUGCGAGCACAGACAGUGGAGUCCUGGGUGAUGAAGAUGAUGAUGACGACAUUGCUUUUAAAACGGAUGAAGAAUCUGUUGGAAUCAGUGACGACAUCUCCUAUGACACAACUGAUGAUGAUGAUGAUGAUGACGAAGACUUGGACACGAGCUCAUUUGAGUUCACCUUAGAUCUUGAAGAUAAAAAAGAAACCACUGAAACAAUUGUUGAUGCUGAUAAAGAUGAAGAUGACCUUAAAGCUGAAAUCACAGCAGAGCCGUUAGCUGACGAGGAUGAUGAGGAUGAAGAUGAUGAUGAGGAUGAAGAUGAUGAUGAGGAGGACGAUGAUGGUGUUGAUGACAUCUUGCUGGCAGCUACCACAGCAGCGGCAUUCACUGUCCAGGAGGAGGCAGCAAAGACCGAAGCAGACGACGAUGACGGCGAGGACGACCUCCAACAGGCUGCUGGUGAAGACAAGACUGAGGAGGCUGAAACAGAGCAACCUGCUACCGGUCAGCCUGCUGCUCCUGAGGAGGAGGACGAGGAUGACAGAGAGGAUGAAGAGCCUGCGACUAAAGAGCCUCAGAAAUCUGUAGACGAACCCGAAGAUAAAAAAGAGGAGUACGACGAAGAUGACGACGAGGAGAAGGCAACAGUGGAUGUGAUCAAACCUGUGCCUGAACCGGAGGAGGAAGCACCAAAGACUGAACCCUCAAUGUGUCCCUGUAUGCACUCUGCAAAGACCAAAGAGGCUUCCACCAAGUCUGCAGACAAAAAAGAUGCUCCCAGGAGGGUUUCAGCUGUGAGGAGGAAAAAGGAGCGGGCACCUGUAAAGACAGACGAGAAGCCCAAAAGGAAAGCUCUUCCCAGAAUUGCAGGUUUGCAGCCGAGAAUCAAGAGGAUCAUGAGAACUUCUCCAUUUUUCAGAGUUAAGAGAGAAGAGAAAACCAAGACGCCCAAAGCAGAGACCAAAAAGCAGGAACAAGUCACAGAAUCUGGACAAGACGUCGGCCCUUGCAAACCUGCGCCUGUCUACUGUCCAUCCCCUCCUGGAUGGUACGUCCAUCACGUAGUCACAGACAAUCCAUACCCUCCUCCAACCAUGCCAGCUCCGUCUGCUCCUGUUCUGACCGCCCACCCCGUCCCUCCUGGAGCUCCGUCCACGCAGCCUCUUUAUCAACAACAACCUCCUCUCCCACCGAUGCACCCGAUGUACGCACAGUAUCAUCCAUAUCCACCAAUGAUGCAGCCAAUGAUGCCGCCUCCGCCCGAACCAGCUCAGCCUGUGCAGCCGGAAGCCCCUGAACAAGCGGCUCCUGUUCAGCCCGAGGUCCCGACUCCGGCUGUCGAAGCUCAGCCUGCUGCAGCCCCAGUUCAGGAACCAGAGACGGUUGAUGAGGAAGUGAAGGCUGCCUCCACUAAGAAAGCUGCAACAAAGAAAGGCAAGGCUGCUGAUUCAGAGAAAGAGCCAGCAGCGGCCAAAGAGAAAGCGAAGAAAGAUGCUGCUGUUUCGAAAGACAAAAGCAAAGCAGCCACUGCAAAAAAAGUUUUUUUCUUAUUUGGUUCUUAUAUUUGUUUUGGUAUAGAGCCACCUGCGAAAGAGAAAACCAAAACUGCUGCAGCUCCUAAGAAAAAGCCUGCAGCUGUUCGACAGAGGAGGAAAUCAGCUUCUGAAAAGACAGAAGCUUCAUCUGUCAAGAGUAAAGUCAAGGCAUCUGCAGCUAAGACAGAUGCAGAACCCAGUCCACAGCCAAUCAGACUAAGAACAAGACUAGAAUCCGUCAAGAAGGCGAAUGUUACCUCUCCUGCCAAAGAGGAGAAACCUGCCAGAUCUUCAUCUGAAGCAGCAAAGAUACGAUCAAAAUUAUUGGCAGAGAAGAAAAGCAAAUCUGAGAAGGCUGAAAAGAAGUCUGUCAAAAAGGCUCAAGAUAAAGAGAAACAACCACCACCAGCUCAGGAGCCCCAGACUGAAGAAAAUGUUACAGAAAAGAAGAAACCAGGCCAGAGAUACUUCCAGUGCAUUUAUGUCCCGGGCAAAAAUGCACAGUACCCUCUACGACCUUUCACCCCAGCCAUGUCCCCCACCAUGCUGUCCCCUGCACUCAGGUCAAUGCUGGAGCAGAGAGCAGCCCGGGCGUCGGGACAAUAGGACAACAACUCCUCACCUCAUUUUACUAGCAGCACUGCAUCUCCCAGUCCAGCAGGGGGAGAUGUUUAAAUCUGUGGCGUCUUCAAAUACAGAGGACAGCCUCAGACAGACAGAGAGAAGUGGACAGAACUAUUUUGUCUUUAAUUUAUUGAUGUAUUUAUUUAGUGGUUGAGCUCCUGGGGUUGUUGUUGAUGUUUCCCAUUUUCUUCGCAGCUUCUGCUUUCUGUGUUUUGCCUCCACUACUUGCCACUGCAGUGCCUCGCCUGUGUCUUUGAUAUAAAAUACUGCCACCAUUUUGUGAAUAUUCUUAUAAUUAUGCCCGUUAUGAUGUACAUAAUGAACAUGUUUAUAAUUUAGGAUGGGAUAAAGGGUCACAACUUAGCAUGUCAGUUUUUGUUUAUUUCUCUCCACGGUGGCUUCUUUUAAAUUUAUUGUCCAUUUGAAGCAGUUUGAAUUUAUCACAAGUUUUAAAGUAACUUAUUUUCAAAUCUGAGCAUUAUUAUUAUAUAGGGAAAUUAUCUUGCAUUAAAAAAAAAUCGUACAGUUUACUAAAAAAUGAUGAAAACAAAGAACUCAUUGGAUUUUAGUGACAAGAGCAUGUUCUGUUGUUUUAUUACACAAACCUUUAAAUCAAGGCAGAGUCUUGUAUUCAAACCCUAAAUUCACAACAUAAAAGAACAAAAAGGUUGGCAAGUUUCCACUGGUAUUUUUAUGUUUUUCAGUUUUUGGUUUUAAAUCAUCAGAUUUUACAAUCCUGUAGCCAUGAAUUUCCCAGCCGGUGCUCGUUUCUGCUGCUUUCCCACGUCUGCAACAGAUUAGCAUGCAAAUGACGGAGGGUCAAAUCCCAGGAGCUCCCACAUUGAUCCCAGCAGCAUCCCUGUCUCUGAUGUGUCUCAUCAACACGUAGGUGCAUGCUGAUGAGCGAUGAAAGUGUUCGACUGCAUCGUGGCCGGUUCACCGUCACAGGUGUUGUUUACUGCAAAUUAAAGGUACUUGGUUUUCUUUGAUUAAAAAGAUAAAGAGAUUAAAGACGUAAAUGCUUUAUAUACCACACUGCAUUGUGUGACUCCAACAAAAAUCUGGAUAAUAGAAGAAAAGAUACAGGGUUACUUACAUCCCAGAGGCACUGAAAAGACUUUAAUAGGCUUAUAAAUAUAAAACUCAAUGUAGUGUAGCUGUAGUACACAUACAUUUCUAAUGUGCUAAUGCCAGGUGUAAAUUCAGUAAAGGUUCUUGUGUAUGACCCUAAGCACUGUGACAGACUUUAGGGAACAGGCCUCCUAAAUAUGUUUUAUUGAUGAGAGAGGGAUUCAGUAACAGCAAUAUAAUACGUUAUUGCCUGACAAUCACUUAUAAAGAGUAAGAUUGUCUUUUAAAGUUGCCUCAAUAGAUGUGAAAACUGUUAACCUGUAUCAAUUUUUUUCUUAAAAGCCAAAUUGAAUUGCAAUUCAUGGACAAUAAGUGUCUUGUAAUUGUGUUUUUUUUUUUAAUUCAAAAAGACUGUGUGUCAGUCACAGAUGUCAGCUGUUUUGAUUUGACACGUUCAGAGACAGGGAGUCAGUGCAGGACAAGUUUGAUGUGACCAACUCAUGAGACGCUGUGAUGUUUGCUACAGUGAAUGAAUGUCAUUUGUGUUACUCAUCAGCGUAUUUGUCAAGUCUGAUACAUUGUCAUAUUUUCAUUUACCUCACUCAUCCAUAGCUCUGGUUUUGUGCCUCGGCAACAAAGCUGCCUUGUCGGUGCUACUUUUGCUGAGGAUUACCAGCAGUAUGCCGUUGUCGUCUUACCGAAUGGAAACCAGAUGUUAAGAGAACCAAAAGGGGUUUGGACACCAGGCGUAACCCUGGGAUUCAAACCCACAAUGGCCCAGAGUCUGCUGUUAUGUUCACUUGAUGUUGAAAGUUUGUUCAUUCUGAGCAGUUUCUGAGCAGAUGAUAAUCCACUAACUGAUAUCAUUUCAUUCAGGUUUUUAACACCUGUGUAAGUUUUGUCAGUUUCAUCUUUGAGUAACUUGGUAUAGUUGUGCAAGUCACGUAUACCAUUGUAAUUUUAACCUAGUACGACCUGUUGGACUGACUUAGGCCAGUCAUUGAACUGUAGACUGAUGCUUGAGGUAUGACAGUAACGAGAGGCUGAACUACCUUCAGAUUUGUGCUUACUCGUCCUUUCAGGGUAACUUUUCAUUGUUACCCUCAAAAAGUCAAGCAGAAAGUGAAGCACAUUUUAGAAGUGAUGCAAAUCUAUAGAAAUAUGAGACACCAAAAAACAAACAAAAAGAUGCAUCCGUGCAAACUGAGGAGAAGAAGCAUCUUCAGCUAUGUGACCCUGCUGCGACAGAAACAACAGAUAACUGAAGUUGCUGCAGAGUUCUGACUGAAGUGAUGUUUACAGAGCUGCCUUCAUGUUUGCUGUCUGAUCAAAUCUCAGAUAGAUGUACUCAAAAUGUUAACCACAGUUCAGAGUUUUGAGUGUGAACUCUGGGUUGAAAAGUCUCAAUUGAUAUGAGGUUAAGGUAGCUCUGGGCUCUCCGUCACCGUGCAGGGUUUAGGUCAGCUGGCCUGAGAAAUCUAAGUGUGAAGAGUGCUCAUGUUUCAUGUCCAAAUGAGAUCUGACAACCAUUGGCAUAGCAGCCUACGGAGUGACCUUUAAAGCACACCUUAAAAUAUGGUGUUUACUUCAGGUGUGUAAGGAGAUACUGUAGAUGGUAGUUUUUUUUUUUAAUGAAUCCUAUUCCAGCAGGGUGAUAAAGCAGUGGUCUGGUUGUGUCUCUGUGCUGUUUGGAGGCCUUGAAAAUGUAUGAAAUGAACAGUCAGUAACUGCAGCUGUAGCUAUAUGCUGUCAUAUUAACAGUGAUUUAACGUGAGUUGAAGAAGGGUAAACACUAAUGCCAUGUAAGGAAAGCAAACCAACCAAAAGAAACAUGGUACAAUCAGAGAUCAAUCGAAUAUAAUGUACGUACAAAUUUCAUACAUAUUCAUGUGAGCCUAAAGACGAGAAACUGGGUUCAACCUCUACUGUACAUCCCUGGUUACAUGUUUGAAAUACAUGUGUUUGGAUGAUGAUGUGAAGAGCAAACGAUCUGCUUUUUCUUAUGCAUGUUCCUCUGAAAAACUCCAGUGUGACACUUGUACUUUGUUUCACUUUGAUGUCUUGCUUACUUUUCUUUCAUUCUUUGACUCUUCUCUGGUCAGUAGUUAACGGAAACCACAGUUGCACAGAGACCAUGUCAUAUUUAUAAAUCUGCGUCUUCCGGGCAGAAAAAUGAUGAAUGGGUUUUCCAGUUAGACAUUUUUUAAACCUUAUCCAGGAUUAGAAUGCCGCUGGAUGCUCCAAACACUCUGUUCAGUUGUGUAAUCGCUACUUAUUCCUUCUUAAUUAACAGCAUAAAUCUUCUUAUUCCUGCUUCCUACUAACCAUUUGACCAACUAAACUGCUUAAAGGUUCCCUGCGUAGUCAUUGACCACUGAUGGCACCCAAUAUUUCAGAAAUCAGUGUCUGAAUAGUUUGCUUGUUUUAUCAGUGUGCUCACAAAAAUGCAAAUUGAAAUCAUGUGCAUUGAGUUAAAGACAUAUAUAUAUAUAUAUAUACAAACCAAAGUGUAAAAAAGGCAGUUUUACGCAAGGACUUGGAAAGUAUAGCUCGAAGCUCGAAGCUAAUCUAUACUGAAUGAAGCUACCAAAGGAAAAAUGUUACACCAGCAUGGCAAAAGUAGUUUCCUACAAAAGAAUUCUUUAUUAUACGUUUUUGUUUAAUUUUAUUCAUUUGCCAUUUACAGAGUUUGAAAAAGCUAGCUAGUAGUUAGCUGUUGACGACGUGCUAGCAAGUGCUUGCAGACUUCACUAAGGAUCGAUGCAUGAUUGGUACAUAGUGUCACAGCCAUACCAACGUGUGUUUGUCGAUGACACACAUGUCUAUGUAUGGUUGUGACGUAAAAUACUGAUAUUUCUUUUCAAACUUCACUGUGAUUAUCGCUUCAGAAAUCCUGAUGAAAUUGUAGUUUACGUGGACGCUAACACACAACUUGAUCAAUUAAAGCGCUAUGCUAGCUGAAAAGCUAUUUGAUUCAGAAAACAGGACGAGCUACGAGAAAGACAAUUAAACUAGUAUCGCCUCGACUUAUAGCGAUGUCGCUGCCUAACAUAGAAAAAUGGCAUGGUGUGGCCUUUAAACUCUCAGUAAGGAAGGGAAUAGAUGUGCUUUCCCAAAUGACAAACUACACAAAGUUGUCUACAUUAACAUAAGCAUACAAUUGCCAGACAUGUUACCUUAUUGUUCUUUUGAAUGUGGACUGUCCAGACUGCUUAAACAGUCCGACACGAUCUUUUUUGUAAUGACUGAGAUGGAUGUGAGCAUGAUGGUUUGCUGUGAUUAAUAGACUGUCAUUGUGAAAUCAGCUCAGCUUCAUGUGUUUCCUACAUUAACGGUGCAAUGCUGUGCAACCAGUGAGAGAAGAGGCGAAACGUGUAGUAGAUUAAUGCCAGCUGAUAUUACAGCUGCUGCUUUGUAUCACGAUCGACUUUUGACAAGACCUCAGUUUUCUAAACCCUCCCAGGAAUAUUCAGAUAUUAUAAAACCAGGUUUAUGCUCCAUUCUGUAUUUAAGUUUCCUACCUACUGCAGUUCCACAGUUAAAGUUUUCAAGAUGAUUUGGGUUCAAGACUUGCAGAGUAGUAACUCAAUGUCCUCUUAAACCCAAUUUUCACUUCACAUUUUGUGAUGGCGACUCUUUCAGGAUAGAUAGCUAUCCUGAGAUUUUUGUCUCUGAAACCUACAGUAUCAGUCUAAAAAUCCUCAGUCAGUGGAUGAUAUAUGAUUGUAAUUACAGCUAUGUGGGUGAAACAAUUGCUGGAAGGUGUAUUUAUGUAAUUUUAUCCACAACACAUAAGGUUUGAGGUUGUUUUGCUCUUUUAGAAGGGUCGUGUAUUUAUUUCGUUAACAAUUUCCUCUGUUUUCUGCAUGAUAAUGUAACUUGAACAAAGACAGCAACACAUUUUGGGGUUUUAUUUCCACACACAUCAGCCUCCAGUGUAAAAUACAACCAAAAGCAGUCACUCAGAUGCUGUACAAAGACUGUAGAUAAUUUCAUUUGUUGCACUCUAGAGAUUUAACACUUCAUUCAAUUCAAACAACGGUUUGUGCAGAAAAUGUAAUUUAUUUUAAUUAGAGAGGAUAUUUUUUUGUGUUGUUGUAGUUCAUCGGGCUGAAAUGUGGGCAAUAUGCUUCAUAAGGAGACAGUAUGAAGUACCUGUUGCAUGUAUUAUAAAGCAGAGGUGUAUAAUGCAGUCAUGUGAUCAGUCGGGCAGCCUGACUCAGUCACAUUUCAGGAGCCAGUAAAAGGUCAUAAGUGACAUUUCAGGCUGCUGGAACGUCACCCGAGGGACAAUACUGAGAAUGUCUGCUGUGUAAGAUGUAGAAUACAUUCACCACAAUGCAGUUCUUGUGUCAUAAUUUCAAUAAAUAUUUGCAGAUAUUUGUGAGGGUA